AUGAAUGCAACCUUGACGAGGGAAGAAAUUCUGCAGUCGGGCAUUUACCGUGGGGCGGCGGUGCUGGAUUACUCUCGUUGUUUGGUUGGGGGGUGUGUGGUGGGCUGGUGUGGGCGACUGGUAUUUUUUGAUGCUUGUAUGUUUUUUUUUGGUUAG